AUGGAGCCAAAGCUCCCCCAAGGUCUUGUGGCUAUGUCAAGUGUGGCUCCUAGCGAGAUCUUGGAGCAGGAUACAUUAAGUAAUGGUGCUUACAAGAACCUUUGGCAAGCCUACUCGACCUCGUACCAAGCUAGCAAAGAUGAAACCGAACGUCGCCUAGAAUCUCUCUUCUGGAGGAUAUGGGCUUCUAAGCGACUCUCGAGCCACAUGAAUGCCUAUACCCUAGACCGUCUUAUCCUACGCAUCAAGGCACCGGCAGUAUUAGUCGGACAAAGGGUCACCGUUCCACCGUUGCCUGGGACUGGCGACAAAGAAGAAAAGCCCAUCAAUAAUAAUCAGCCAGGCUGUGCUAUCGGAGCCUGUUCUCUUUAUCCAAUAUUGAAAAAGCCGCUGCCUUCAGAGGUUGAAACAGCAACUCAGUUGCUCCUUGACACUCCCCUCGGCACAAAAAUAACACUCGACCCUUCCAACUCUCCCACCGCAGAGAUGGCUGCUGAGCCCACUCCCAACCCAGGUAACGUGGGCCACCAGCGUCGCAAGAAGACCACGGUGGAUGCCGAGUCUACUCAAGGUCCCAAGAAGACCUACCUUUCUACGACACGCAACGGACGAAGCCCACGCCGCCGCCCGGUCUUCAACCGCCGCAAGUCGUCGCAGACACCUAUCCCGAAGACCGCACCUUCCAUUCGCCGGCGCUCUGAGCCCACCACCAAGGCCGAUGGGGCUGACACUGUCUACGAAGACAGCUAUGUAGAGCUGGGUCUAUUGCAGCACCUCAGCUUCCGCGAUGAGGACGACCAGAUCGCGCGUGAUCUGGGACGUGAAAUUGCACCUGAGCCAAAGCCCGCCAAGCCGUUUGUUCCACUGUUCGACGACGAAUUCCUCGAUGAGCCUACCGCCAUCGAGGCCGCGAAAGCAGCACCAAAGACGUCUCCUGUUCCUUUUCCGCGAGCUUCUUCCCUCCGGCACCCGAUGUUGAGCCCUGAAGACUUCUGCAAGAUCACCCCGUCGUUUGGCGUUAUGGAAAGCCACCUUGACAUGCCUGGUGGACCGCAGCUUGUUGCUCCUGAUGAUAUUGAGGGGGACUGGACGGAUAUCGAUGCUCUCGAUUCGACGCUUCCUGUCUUGCAGCCUUUCAAGAACUUGGUCUCGCACCAUGAGAAUGUUGAUCAAGACCUCCCAGAUGUACAGCCCACUGUUGUCCCCGUCGUCAAGGAGGCUUCGUUGCUGACAUCUGCGAUGAAGGGAGUGAAGUUGUGA